AUGGGAGUAUUGGGCGAUGUUAAUCUAAGGAGUGGAAAGUCCGUUCAAAAGGAAGGUGCUAGUGAAUUGAUAACAAUCAAUGGAGAAACUAAGCCUCUCAGCGAAUUCAGUGCCAAAGAUGCUCUGAAAGCCAUAGUUGGACCGGAAAAUUCGAUACUGACGCCCAGGAAACGUCGAUCCAAAUAUGGGAGCAAAGCGAGCAUCUCUGCUGGUGUAAUCCCGUCCUGUUCCAAUCGAAUGUCUUUGACUGGUGAUGGAAAGAUGCGAUUCAGAUUUAGAAAAGCUGACGUGAAGGACUGUGCCGCAGGCAUAUCAGACUAUCCCAAAUAUGUAGAAGGUGUCCAGAAGGCGCAUGAGCAAUGGCGACAUGAGGCGGCAGCUUUGCCAUAUUGCGCUCGACUUCGAGAUAUUAAAUCUUCGAUAUGGAGAACAGCAUAUAAGUCAGCCCAUCUACCAUACAUAGACAAGGAAUCGGUGGGUUUCCGAAUACAAGACUCAGAGGACAAGGCAAGUCAUCGCAUAAACAGUGCAUAUCGGGAAGUUCCCCAAUCUUGUCAGCGGCUGCCAGCACUUUCUUCUGUAGAGCUCAAACGCGUGAUUGACGAUUUUGUGACAGUGGCCUACUGUGGUGGACCAAUAAAUGCUAUAAGCAUAGCUCCAAACCCCAUGCCAAAUGAUGAAGAAGUGGUCGUUGUAGUCACCUAUCCUUGUGAAACAACGCUGGCUGGAAAAGACAUGAGGAAAGCGCAGGGUUUGGUACAGUUUUGGCUGCAUAGCAGCGAAGGAACAAGGUCCGGAUUGCGUCCAUGGUUUGUUCUAAAGUCCAAUUUUGGUCUCGUCUUCGACGCACAUUGGCUGGAUCGCCCAAAAUGCUGCAAAGAAGAUACCUUGAUAGGCUUCCUGGCGUUGUCAACUGCGCAUGGAGCUUUGUUGAUAUAUAGACUAGAUUCGACUAGUGUCUCCUCUCCCUGUUCAGAUGCUAAAGAAUUACCUGUGGUUGAACCAGAACCGGCACUCAUUUUGUUCCAGCCAAAACCUUGGCUAAGUGGCGGGGUCAUCGAGGAGAAUUCUGAGCCUCGCUUCCCGCCUCCAUUGACGUCGAUAGCUUGGUGUACAAGAGAUGAAGCUCAGUACAUUGUUGCAGUCAAUGCUGCUGGAGGAGCAGUUAUUUGGGAUAUGCAGCGUUCACUCGAUACUCCAUAUGUUCUGCUGGAUUCAAGUUGGUGCUCCCCGGCAGCAUCUGCCACAUUCAUUGGAGGUUUUGAAGUAGCGUUAUCUUUCCGUGAGCGGAUGAUUCGAGUUUACGAUGUGCGAACGUACCAGUGCACUUUGGAGGAGAACACCGUUCGAACCGCUGGUGCGCGUGCUACCAGUCAGCCACGACUCUUCUCUGGGUUCUUCACAUUCCAAUCAGAAUAUUUUCCUGUUGGUACUGAUGGAACUGACGUUCCUCUCAAUGGUGUCAGUUUUGUUUGUGCUGAAACGAAAUCUGAAGGUUUCUUCGUUCUAUGUGUUCACCAUUUCCGGCAUGAGUUUAUGACUUGGGACGUCAACGCUUGUUCUGAAAAUGCUGUCAUUGCUAGCUGUGGUGCUGAUGGAAAGUUGCUUCUUUCAACCAACGGUCGUCUUGUCACUACUUGUCACAUUAAGGAUUAUGGGUUUAGUCUCCUAAAGACUGCACUUACUCUUGUUCGGAAGCGUAUCAGUACACCGGAAGAGGAGAGCAUGGAGGAGUUGCUUGCUAAAAUGGAAGCUCGACAAGAAAGCGUUGAAAAUGCGAGUGGUAAUGAACAGAAACGACCAGCAGCCCCAUCAUACAGUACUCAUGAAGAGUCUUUGCAAAGUCUUUGGCUGGAUAUCUAUCUCAAAGCAGAUUCAGUG